AUGCAUCGACGCGGUGCGGGGCUCUCUGCCCUUCCAACUCACUCUUCCCAUUCAUCCCAUUACGCCGCCCUCUCCUCCACCCUCAACCAAACCAACCUUCAGAACCUCCAAAACCAAGUCUCCCAGUUCCGCGAAGCCCUCAGCCGAUUCGCCAAACUCCACCGCGCCAAAAUCAGAGAAGAUCCCAUCUUUCGUUAUGAAUUUCAAAAGAUGUGUGUCAGUCUUGGUGUGGACAUGUUGGCUGGUGCCAAACCCAGCGGGUUGAGUGGGGGGUUUGGUGAACUUUUGGGCGUGGUGGGCGAUUGGCAGUAUGAAUUGGGGGUUCAGAUUGUGGACAUUUGUGUUAGUACGAGGGAGAGGAAUGGCGGGUUGAUCGAGAUGGAGGAGUUGAUUAGGAUUCUGAGCAAGUUGAGAGGGGUGGAGUAUUAUCCUGAGCAUGCGUCGUCGGGAAAGGGUAAAGCGAGGAAGAAUGCGAUUACGGAGAACGACGUUGUGCAGAGCAUCAAUAGCCUCAAACCGCUUGGAGCUGGGUACCAGGUUGUGGAAAUUGGUGGGAGGAAGAUGGUCAGGAGCGUGAUGAAGGAGUUGGAUGAGGAUCAGGCCGUGAUUUUGGCCAUCGCCCAGGAGGAGGGAGAUGGAAUUGGCAGUCGCUAUAGUCGGAGGGGCCGGGUUGGUGAGGAUAUGCUGGUUGAGAGGAAGGGGUGGACAAGGGAGAGAGCAAGGACGGCGCUGGAGAAUAUGCUGUUGAGGGAUGGUUUAUGCUGGUUGGACGACCAGGACGAGGAAUGUGGAAGGGCUUAUUGGAUCCCGAGCGCCAUGAGGUGGGAUACGGACGAUCAGCCUACAGCCUUGGCCUGA